AUGCGUGCCCUGGAAUUGCUUAACUAUUUGGCCGCUCUGGAUGAUGAUGGUAAUCUCACUGAUCUGGGAAGUAUGAUGGCCGAAUUCCCGCUGGAUCCUCAGCUAGCCAAAAUGGUAAUCGCUUCUUGUGAUUUCAAUUGCUCGAAUGAGGCCCUUAGUAUUACAGCCAUGCUAUCCGUUCCUCAAUGUUUUGUUCGACCAGCGGAUUCGAAGAAGAGUGCUGACGAGGCCAAGAUGCGCUUUGCGCACAUAGACGGGGAUCAUCUCACUAUGCUGAAUGUUUAUCAUGCGUUCAAACAGAGUACGUUCAGAUGCUAUUGGUGGUCGUUUCCUGGCCUUGUGGCUCAUCUCGAGCGUACUGGCCACUACUUAACUGUAAAAGAUAAUCAGGUUGUCCAGUUGCAUCCAUCUACCGUGCUCGACCAUAAACCGGAGUGGGUCUUGUACAACGAGUUUGUAUUGACCUCGAAAAACUACAUCCGCACGGUGACCGAAGUCAAACCGGAUUGGUUGGUGAGGAUAGCCCCACAAUACUACGAUAUGUCCAAUUUUCCCGACUGUGAGGCCCGACGCGUGUUGGAACGAAUCGCUCAGCGGAUUCAAAACAAAAAGCUCCAACAGGAACAAAAACAGACACAGGAAGCCAACAAGACCAACUCGGUCACUUAG